AUGGAAGACACCUGCACCGUGGAUCUCAAGGACGCGAAGUUCUCCUACUACGCAUGUGACCUGCUGCAGGUGGCAAAUGUGACGGCAAACCCUCGCCGCAGAUUGAUCGGAGAAACCAGGAUCAAAGUUUCCGGUCUCCCAAAGACCAUCAGAAACAGGAAGGAGCUCUGCACACGGUUGCUCCAGCCGGAAUUGGAAGCGUUCAAUCAGAGGCCAUCGGAACAUCGAGGCUACUGGCUUAGGGUGUCGGACUCUACCGACCUUGCUCACCUUCGGAUGGAUCUCCUCAAAGUCUCCGGCUGGCCGUUGGCAAAUGUGGAAGCAGCACAUGAUCAGCUCGUCGCAUUGUUCGCCCCAACCAGUUACAGCGUACGCGAAGCUGACCAAGAUUGGCUGCUGCAUGGGGAUCUUGUCGCCAUCACUGCAACCUUUGCCCUCGGCCAGAAGCCAUACUUUGAUGAUUUCUACGAGCUGGUUCGGUGCUACGAAGGCUACAAGCAAAGCGACGGGCAUCGCACCGCCGAAUCCUUGCCGAGCGACUGCUACAAGUUGAAGGGAUGUGGCCAUGUGUUCUGCCGGAUUUGUCUCAAUCGACAGGUGCUCACCUGCGAGACCAGCCGCGAGAAGGUUCCUUUUGCUUGUGCGGCAUGCGAAGAGCCCUUCCGCCCCGUUGAUAUCCAGGAUGACAAGUUCGCGGAGAUCUACAAACACUUGUCCGACGUUCACUCGAAGUGGACCGAUAGACCGUUCGUUUUCGCAGAGGACGGCCGGCUUUUGGAACACCCGCCCGACGAUGAACGCGAAUGGCACGCCGCGAUGGAAGCGGUCUGGGGCAUC